AUGAGCGCUUUGCGUGAGCUAACUCGAACCAUCAUUCUGACUAAAGCAAAGAUGAAUCUGAUGACUAACUUGCCUUUGUUGAAAUCGAUCAUUAUCCCGAUGCUCACCCAUGAUGGAGGAGGCAUGGGAAAUGACUGUUCCGCUCGAUACCGGGUACAAGAGGCUGAAAUGGACUUUUUGAGACGAAUCGCUUACCUGACGCGUCUCGGCGUGAUCGAGGGAUCGUCCGACGGACGGAGGUGGACCUGGAGGACGAGGAGGACUACGAGGUCGGAUGUCGUAGACAACUGCGAUCCGUUCCUCGACUCGCCAACCCGCAGGGAUGCGUGGCGAUUGCUGGUUCGACGUCAGCGUUGCGGCGAUGAAGAGCGAAUCGGCGACGGCAGCACUCACCUCGCCUAG